UCCCGUCGUGGACUCGGGAUAAAAAGUUUGAGGUGGCGUCUGGAGUGAAGUUUGGCGAGUUGGAGGGAGAUGGAGGAAACCCUGCUUAACGAUUUACCGCGAGAGAGACACACAGAGAAUAUGACCGACACAGAAGUGCAAGGCUCUCCUCCGUCAGCAGCGGCGACCGAGCAGACUUCGCCGGAGAGAAAAGUGAUUGCUACUCUGGUGCAAGGAACUGUGAAAUGGUUCAAUGUGCGUAACGGGUAUGGCUUUAUUAACAGAAAUGACACCAAAGAGGAUGUGUUUGUCCACCAGACUGCCAUUAAGAAAAACAACCCCAGAAAGUUCCUCAGGAGCGUUGGGGAUGGAGAGAUUGUGGAGUUUGAUGUUGUUGAGGCAGCCAAAGGCUCAGAAGCUGCCAAUGUGACUGGUCCAGGUGGAGUACCUGUCAAAGGAAGCCGCUAUGCCCCCAACAAGCGUAGGUUCCGUAGACGCUUCGUCCCGCGAAUUACGCAGCCUGCCCCGGGCGAGGGAAAGACUGGGGACACAGCAGUUCCCUCUUCUGAGGGAGAAGGUGGUGGAGAAAACGGAGCCACCCAGCCGGGGGCACGGCAUCGCCGCCCACUCAGACCGGUUACACAACAAGGCGAGGGAGACUCAGGAGAGCCAAAGAACGAGGUAGUGGAUGGUGUCCAGCAGAGGCCUCCACCACGUAGGUUCAGACCUAGAUACCGCAGGCCUUUCCGUCCACGUCCACCCCCUGGAGAGGGUCAGCAAGAUGAGAGCCAGAAGGAAGCUCCUAAAGAGGCCCAGAGCAAUGGGGAGCAGAUCGAUGGGCAGGGCCAGAAACCUCGCCGGCAGUUCAGCCGCCGCAGGCAAAGGAACUCUGACUCCACUACCUCUAAAGAUGGUGCAGAUAAGCCUGAAACAGCGGAGCCUCCUUCCGCUUCUCAGUCUUCUAAGCCAGCUGAUGACACAACCUCCCCAAAAGGCUCUCCCAAGCAGUCCCAGAAACCAGCUUCUCCAAAAUCGGCUGAGGUGCCUGCUGCCCCUGUGGAAUGACUUCUGUGAUCUGGAAGGAAUCUUCUGACCCCGGGAAGAGGUCCCCGGGUGGGUUAGCUGGGGUGGUUGGACCUCACCUGUCUCGAACACAGAACCGAUGUGCACACAACUUUUUCCUACCCCCAAUCCUCUUCUCUGUACCCUUUAGUCUGGACCCUUCAUUUGUGCAAGAUGGCAGGAUGGAGAAAGGGAGGGGAAGGAGGGGUGAUUAAUAACUUUUGGACUUUAAAAUCUUUAGGGGAUCACAAAAAAUGUAUAGACUUGCUCAAAAUGCCCAGCAUAUUUGCGUCAUCUCCCCUGUAGCUCGGUGAUAUGGGUGUGAGCAGUUGAAAUGAGAACCAGUUUGGCCCUUUAAGUUUGACGAUCGGUGGUGGGGGGGGGGAUAUAUGAAAGUGUAAGAGGGGUACUGUGUGACUCCACUUCCCUUUUCAGUGACCAGAUGAGAAUUACUACAGGCAUUCAUAAAAUACAAACUGGUUGAUUAUAAUUUUUUCCCCCCCUUUUGUUUGGUGUUAUGUGUUUUUCUUUGGAGGGGAUUAUGUGCAAUGUCAAAGUGAAAUAUCUAUUAAAAAAAGUUUGCAAAACA